AUGGAUUUUGAUACAUUAGUCAAUCCAGUAAAAGCAUUAAAUUGCAAAAUACCAGAGGAUGAAUAUAUGAUUAGAGAAAAAUUUUCAUUAUUUACUGAAAAAUAUAUCAAUGAUUUUACUUUCAUUUAUACGGAUGCCUCAAAAAAUUGUAUUGCCAAUUUCGAAGCAGAUGCUGGAUUUAAUAAGGCAGACGAAAAAAAGCUAGUAAAUUCUGUCUCUAAUGUAAGAUACGGAGAGCAAAACAACAAUAAAAAUGAUCACUUAGAUGCGAAUAAUUUCAAUACGGGAACAUUUUAUCAAAAAGGUGGUGUAGAUCAGAAUAAUUUCGAGGACAAGAAACUACAUCAAAAGGGACAUCAUAAAAAUGGAUUCCAUAAUAGUUAUCACAAAGACGAGGUUGGAAGCAAUUCUAGCUUUUAUGACGACGGUAGUGAUGAAGGUGGCCAUCACAUUCUUACUAAUAAUAAAGGUACUUACGGCAACGCCAUGGAAGAUAACAAGCAGGGUAAUCACCUUGAUCACACUUAUCGUGCCAACCAAGGCGUCAACCAAGGUCAGUUCGACAAUGCUCAUGUAUAUGACGGAAAUACCAUGAGCAAUCGAAACUAUAAUAGACAGCAACACUUGGAUGACAGAAGACUUGCUGACCAAAGGGCUGGGGCCUUCAAUUCGGGCGAACAUUAUAACGAACAUAGAUAUGCGGAUCCUCCUUAUGAUCCUGGAUAUAAUAACUACGGCAGAUAUAACAACUAUGAUACCUUGAAUAGAGGUUAUCCCAAGAGGCGAAUUACCAUUUUCGAAGAUCCAAGGUAUGAAGCUCAUUCUGAUCCAGUAAGAUACAAUGAUGAUUAUAUAGAAUUAGAUGUAAGACCUCCAAGACGUUAUCCAGAUCAUCUAGCUACGAGAUACCUACAAAGAGCGCUGAACGAACUUGAGGCAUGGUGUGUGCAGUGGAAAAUAGCCGUCAACCCUGACAAAAUACAGGGCGUCAUGUACCAAAACAUUAAAGGUAGGCCAAAUAGGGUUCUAUCCCUACUCGAUAUCCCAAUUGACUGGUUAAACCAAGCCAAAUAUAUAGACAUAACGUUGGAUAAAAAGCUGAUCUUCACAGAGCACGCAAAACAAACGGUCAACAAAACUAAAGCACUUAGGAUGGGUGACAAAACGGAAACAGGAGUGGAACGAACACAUUAG